AUGCGUCUCGAUGUUGCGGUCUGCCUGCGGGUUGGAAUUACAGCCGUACAAUCAGCGGAUGGCACUCCUCCUGCCUCCCCCCUGACUCUAGUGCCGUUAAAGCCACUCGUCCUGCCGCCUGAAAUCCGUUCUCCGGUCCCCCUCCUGCUCCGCUUGCUGCGACGCGCCCUCUUCCGCGUCCUCCUCGUCUCCGAGAUGGUGAUUGCUGGAGCGCUCGAUUAUUCGCUAGUGCGCGCUGGCGCUGCGUCGGUUGCGUACGAAAAGCUGCCGGCUGCAUGCGGAACGGAGACCACGGCAACGGAACCCCCACUGCCGCCUUUUCCGAAGCUCGCGAAAGAAGCCGCUGGAAGCCUUCCUCGCCCUGAACCGUCGCCUCGCGAGGGCGGUCAUCCGGUUCCGGCGCCGUCGGCGUCUCUUCCAGACGCGCCGACUGCUCCCCCUGCACCUCCUGCGGCUGCUGUCGAGCGGUCUGCUCCUGCCGCUGGUCUCGAUCCUGCGCCGCCUGCGUCGUCUGCUCCCGACGCUGCGCAGUCUGCCCCCGUCGUCCCUGCUGCGCUACCUGCCGCUCUUGUCCCCCCUGCGGCGAUCCCCGCCGUUGUGCAGUCGCCGCUGGCGGUGUCCGCCACCACUGGCGGCCCGGCUCCAUCGGUUGCGCCCUCAGCGGCGGGUCAGUCCGCGCCUGCUGUGACGCCGAUGGCCCCGGCAGGUCAGCCGUCACGCCCCCCGUCACCUGACCACCGCCUGUCUCGCCCCCAUUCCCCCGCGCUCCACCAGGAGCGCAAGUCGUCUCGUCACCAUCGUGAUUCUCCACGGCGUUACCAGCAGCCGCCUCACUGGCCUGCUCAUCCCGGUGGUCACGGGGACUGGAGGGGUCCCCGCGGGCGCGGUCGUGGGGGGUACCGCCCGCCCGUGACGAUGGCGGAUCUUCAGCGGGAAGUGUCAAGGGCGGCACGCGAGAAGAGGGCAGCGCAGAGCCAGAGCAGUUCGAUGCGCGCCUCGCCCGCCCAUGAGGCUCCUCGCCAGCCCAUGCUCCCCUUGAGUCCUCCGCCUGUCGCGGCACCCCCACCUCAGAAUCACCGCCCAACGGUUCCUGCUCCUGCUGUCUCGGCACCCGCUCCUGGAUCGCGUCUUCAAUUGCCGCCGGUUCCGCCUGUUGCGGGGGUGGAAUUUGUGGCCGCGGGUGGUGGCGCGGCGGCGGCUCAGUAUUCACAUCAGGUUGCUGCUGAUGCGCCGCUCCUGUUCCUGGCGGAGGCGCUUCAGCCUCCGCAUACGCGUGUUCCCGAGGCGACGCUCGGCCAGCUCCACCGCCUUGCGGAAAGUCUCCACGCGUUGCUGUUGAUACAGGUUGUUGCUCACUCGUCCCUCCCCGUGAUCCCUGUUGAGACGUUCCGUGACCGCCCGCGUGAGACUUGCUUGGACGCGGCGGACCAGCUCACAGUGCUACUGGCGCCCGUGCUGGCUGAGCCCGCGGAGGGUGGCGCUGCUGCUGCAGGACAGCUUGACGAGGCUGUCCGAGGCUUGAGGCGGCACUUGCGCGCAGGAUCUGGAGCCGCGGCGAUCGGCGCAAGCACGCUUGUGGUCCGGGAGCUGUGGCGCACCCUGACGGGCGUUCUUCACGCCCUUGGAGCUCACCGCAUGUAG